AUGUCGAACUCCGUGCCCGCGAACGCGUCGACGGCGUGGGACGAGGACGAGGACGAGGACGCGCGCGACGACGGGUGUUCGGAGCCGGCGUCUUCGCUGGGGACGAGCGCGAAGACGUCUUCACUGCGAGCGAGACGGUCGCUUCCGGGUCUGCGCCUCCCAAACGAGGCUUUCGAUGACGACCGCGAGGAUGAGGGUGAACGAGAGAUUGAGAGUGGGCUCGCGGAGGCGCGAAACAACGACGCGCCGUUGCCCGCGGAUGGAUGGAUCCAACCGUGCUUCGCGUGUUCGAGAUUGACGUGGCAAAGCGUCACCGUCGCCGGGUUCAAAGUGUAUAGAUGCGCGACGUGUGGAGAAUCGUUUCGCGCCCGAGCGGCGGCGAUGGCUUCUCGGGGUGAGGGCGUGAGUGGGGACGAUGGCGAUGGCAAUAAAAGCGAAGUACUCGCGUCGCUCAUGAACAAGUUGCGCGACGUCGUCGAUCAAGUCGGUGGCGAACGUCUCAGGGGAUCCAUCGGUGUCGUGCAAGGAUCGGCACCAGAGUGA